CCGCAUGCACUUCCCUGCCCGCCGGGCCCGGGCGCAGAGCCGCACUGCAGACCGGGCUGCACACGGCAGCAGCAAUGCUGCAGGUAAGGUGCGCCUGGGCCACAUCCUGCGACCCUGCUGUGUGCUGGAACACCACGUCCCUGCUCUAGCUGCGUCUCCUAGCGCUGAGCACGGCUGAUAUAACAUGGGGUGUGCCAGCGGCUGGCCGGGGGCUGCCCUUGCCCUCCUGCUGCUACCGCUGCUCAGCCUCCUGGCGCUCUGCUUGGCAGCACUGGAGGAACUGGACCCCGCCACUGAGAGGCAGCCGCGAACAGUGUGCACCCUGCAGGAGGGGGAGAGUCGUAUCUUCACCUGCUGGGUGCCCCGGCCAGCCCCCGGUGCCACGCUGGCCUGGUACCUCAACGGUCAGAAACAGGAAGUGAACCUCUCGACUGCAGACACUGCCAGCAUCCUCACCUUCACUGGCCAGCGCUCCGACCACCAGCUCAACUGCUCCCUGACCAUCCCGACCCCCAGUGAGAGCUACAACACCUCCAUCCUUCUCAAUGUGCAGUAUAAGCCAGAGAUCCUCCAGGAAGGUGCCCACUACCAGCAGGUUGAGGGCACUGGCCUUCUCCUGGUGCUCUUUGUGCUGGUGCAAGCCAACCCACCUGCCAGCAUCACCUGGAUGGACAAGCAUGGGCAUGUGAUGGCUAACACCUCCAAGUUUCUCCUGGGUGCCACAAGCUACCCAGGCCUGGCCAACCACUCACUCCACAUCCAUCUUAACUGCACAGCUGGAAACCUCUCCAUCAGUGCAGCCAACAGUGUGGGCAUCACCACUGCCUCCCUCCUGCCCACAGUGCAGGUCUGCUGGAUGCCCGUGUGGAGCUGCCUGUCCUGGGAGUUGCCAUUGGAGCAGCCCUGGCCCUAUCUGCCCUGCUCAGCCUGGGCUCCUGUGCUGCCUGCCUGGCAUGUCGCUUGCCCGAGCUUAUGCGAGGUCCGGGGCAAGCAGGACGCAGCCCACGCAGCCAGGGCUCCCAGUGCAGCAGCUCUGAGCCCCCGCAGCCCCAGGGCACGCGUCUGCCCCGCCAGACCCAGUCCCUGCCACCCAACCUGCGCCUCGGUGACCUUGCACAGGAAGAGGGAGCUUCCCCCAAGGAUGCAGGAGCCAGUGCUAGGGGAGAAGAAAGUGCCCUGCUAGGACUGGAAAACUCCCUGGUCCGCAGCAAGCUUGGUUUUAUCCAGCUCCCAGUGUCUGGGCGCAUCUACAAAGUGCCCAGCAUGAGCAGUGAUGAGAUCUGGCUGUGAGCUGCAGCGUGGUGCCCGUGAGCCAGGGCUGUGCCAGAGCUGAGCAGCUGAGGGUGCCAGGAAGGCCGUGGUGGAAGUGGCAGCUGACCAGCUCCAGUCUGUGCUGUGCAAGGCUUGGGAGCUGUGCCAUCAGCCAAGGCAUGGUUAAAUGUAGUCCCUGAACUUUACUGAUACUCUGUUAUAAUCAAAAUGCAUCAAAACCGUUUAUAGCCAGGCUCCAGCACUGCGAUUCCUCUCGGGGUAAAGCCAAGCACCAGCUUUGCUUUAGCAGGUUUGUGACUCCCUGCAUGACCCUCUUUGCCCCUGUCCCUGCUGCUGUGGCAGAUGGGUGGGAGGUCAGUGGAGCAGGGGCUGAGAAGAGCCCAACAGCAAUAAACUGAAUUCAAGCA